UUGGAGAGCUCUGAAGCCGAUCCAAAGCGACAAAGGCCAAACCGAAGUCCUCCGAGCCAUGUCAUGGCCACCCGCGCGCUGCCGCCCAUCGGGCGAAGUGGGCCCCGCAGCGCGGAGAAUCGGCGAAGGCCCAGCUCCGAGCAGGGCAGGAGUGCGAAGGAGAAGGCGCUGCCGCGCUCGGGAUCUUUGCCGCCCGUCACCCAACGUGAACGUCCCAAGCCAGCGGCCUUCCGCACGGAGUUGGAGGACUGGAAGCGCCGCAAUGGUGUGCCGGCGGAAGCGCGUGUAUUCUCCAUCACAGGAGCCUUUCCGGGAGUUCGCAAAGCACUGCAAGCGAGAGGUUGGGUUGAGAACGAAGACAAGCAGUCCAGAUGCUGGGACUUUAAGUAUGCCUUGUGGCAGCGAGACAUCGGGGAGAUGGGCGAGUUGGAUGAGACCCAGGUGGUGAACUACUUCGCCCGCAACGCAGAACUCACAUCCAAGGUGGGACUCUGCAAUUCCUUGUACAAUUGCUGCACGCUGGAUCGUGUGGACGUUGACAGUUUCUACCCGCGCUGCUACGAUUUCACCAACCUGGCACAGGCCAGGCAGUUUGUGGAGGACUUCCAGCUCACCACGUGCCGUUGCUUGCUGCGGCGCUUUGUUGAACCAGGCGGACAUUCGUACCCCUUGGAGGUCGUUCAGACAGCGCUGGACGUAUGCAGGAGGCAAGCUCGCUCUGUCGAUGAUGCGCUGGACGAGGCGCCAGCCCCUAGCAUCUCCGAGGCGGAGUGGAACCUCAUCAAGCAUUGGUCGCUGAAGACUCCAGGGAAGAGGGUGGAGGUCUCGAAGAAGGAUCAGCUGGCACGGAGCGAGGUCCCGGAGCCUGAUGCUUCGCCUUCGGAGGCUGAGGUAGAAACCUGCAGCUCCGAUCCUGAAGGCCAAGCCAAUGACCUUGGUCAUCGAACCCAGGGGCUGCACGAGGAAGCAUUGAGCGUGCUGCAGGACCUCAGCCAUCCGCAAAGCGGCCUGGAUGGCCGACAAAACAUUUGGGUCUUGAAGCCUGCGGGAAAGAGUCGAGGACGUGGCAUCCAGCUCUCUGCUCGCUUGGAGAAGAUCCAGGAGAUUGCUUUGGGACGAGGUGCCGAGGCCAGAUGGAUUGCCCAGAAGUACAUCGAGAACCCCCUCAUUGUCAACGGGAAAAAGUUUGACAUUCGCCAGUGGGUACUGGUGACAAGGUGGUGCCCACUAGCUGCGUGGUUCUACGAGGACUGCUAUCUGAGAUUCUCCUUUGCUGACUACAACCCAAAGAGGCUGAAGAACAAGUAUGCCCACCUGACCAACAACUCCAUCUCCAAGCAUGCGGAGGGCUUUGAGGAGGAGAAGGAUGACACCAUGUGGCACAGCGAGGAGUUCCGGGAAUUCCUCAAGUCUUCAAAGAGCGAGGUUGAGGACCCUUGGGCCGAAGUGGUGCAGCCUGCCAUGAAGUUUGCGGUGCUCAAAUCCCUGGAAGCUGCCCAGGACAACGUGGUGCACCGGGCGAGCUCCUUUGAGCUUUUCGGCUAUGACUUCAUGGUGGACGAGGACCUCAAGGUUUGGCUCAUUGAGAUCAACUCCUCGCCAGACCUGUCAUAUUCAACCUCCACGACCAAGCAGUUGGUGAAGCAGAUGAUCGAGGACAUGAUGGCAGUGGUGGUGGAUGUGGAGAAAUUUGGCUACAGGCUUGACCGGCCGAAGCGCAAGUGGGGCAGUUGUCGACUGAAGUCUGGGGGCUUUCAACUCCUGGAACCUGCUCGGCGCCGCCGCGAAGAGAAGUUCCCGAAGCUGCGCAAGGAUGCGCAGUACUUAGCAGUCCAGGGCACCGGCGUGAAGCUGCGCAAGCCAAAGAAAGGCGAAUGAUGACCCACGAUACAGUGAGGGCCCUACUGAGCUCGAGGCAGCAAGGUGCCUUGCACGCCCUCACGGUUGCAGAGAACGCCGAAGAGGACCCGGAGGCUGUGGAAGAAGAUGAGGAUGGGGAUGAGGACGAGGAAAGUGAGGAUGAGCAAAGUUUCUUGUAGAUAUUGUUGUUGAGGAUGUACACAGAGCACUACGUAGGCUUGGCCCAGUGCGUUGUUCGUG